AUGAGCCGCGCCAGCAGUCGAUCGUCAGACCGGCCGGCCUCGGCCGACCUCUCUGGCAGCAUCUACCUCAUCACCUCUGAUGGCAAGACGCUCAAGCUUCCCAUGCCGAGUAACUCGCCCUAUGACCCGUUGAACUGGAGUUUGCCGAAGCGACUAGUCGCCAUGGGAGUACUCAUACUAUACUCGAUUGUUUCCAUGCUGGAGACGCAAGCUGCCAGUUUAAUGUACAAAUCUCUCGCUGUCGAGUUCAACGGACAGCAAGCCGACAAGUUUCCACUGAAUAUUCUCGUUUCAACACCGAGCACAAUAUUUCUCGGCCUCGGAGCAUUUCUCUGGAUACCCCUAUCGGUAGCCAUCGGGAGACGGCCAGUCUUUUUGCUAGCUUCGUGUUUUAUGACAAUCGCUACGGCCCUGGCUGCGAAUGCCUCGGGUUUCUACCAGCUCCUCGGGGCUUUGAGUUUGCAGGGGUUCUCGGCCGGGUUGAGCCUGAGUGCGUCCAUCUUGAUUGUCAUUGACUUGACCUUCAUCGACGAGCGCCCUAAUGCUCUAGGCAUGUUCUGGAGUAUCGGGUGCGGCGGUGGCCUCGUGUCCCUCCGCAUCGUCCCGGCACUCGCGGCCCCGGGAUGGAGAAGCUUCUAUACCGCUUGGCUCGUCCCUUGUCUCGCCGUAUUCGUUUGCGCCUUCUUCUUCCUGCCCGAGACAUACUUCGUCCGCCCAGCCGUUGCCUUUGACGGCCACAUCCUCGUCCAGGGUGGUUCGGAAAAGGUCAAGAUGUACGACGACUGGGAAGAGCUGCCAGGCGGAAAGACCAGCGAGGUAAUCCAGCCCGAGGCUGUACCCGAGACGGUCUGGCAAGGCAUGGUACGGCGAUGGGGAGUGCGCAAAAGCGGUGCAGGGUUCCGGGAGAUGUGGACAUGCUAUGUGCAGACGAUGCUCUGCGCGUGCAAUCCCCUCGUUUUCUGGGUCGCGAUCCUUAACGCCCUCAACUUUGGCGCAAUGAUCUUCAUUGGCGAAACGUACGCGGUGGUCAUGUCCCAGCCGCCGUAUAACCUCCCCGAGCGUGUCAUCUCCAUGGUCAACCCUGUCUCGGCGAUCGGUUCCCUUCUCGCUUGGCCCGUGUCGACCAUCCUGACUUCGCGUGUUGCCCGCCGUUUGACACUCCGUAACGGCGGGGUCCGAGAUGCGGAACACUACCUCAUCGCCUUUCUCCCGGCCGUCCUGGCUGGUGCGGGCAGUAUCUUCUUGUACGGCUUCACCGUGCACUACAAAUGGAGCUUCAUCUGGAUCUUCGUCUCCUACCUCAUCAACGCCUUCAGCGCGGCUGCGUACGGCAUCGCUUCAACGCUUUGGGUAACGGAAGCCUUUCCUCGGUGGGCGGCGCCAGCUAUGGUCAUUGUCGGCGGAGCGGGGUACAUGUUGAGCUUUGCGACGAGCUACGCUGUUACACCAUGGCUCAGGUCACAGGGCUACCUGGGUGCCAACUUCGAAUUGGGCGCUAUCCUCCUCGUCGUGGGUGGUGUUGCUGUGCCCCUUGCUUUCUGGGGAAAGAGUUUGCGACAGUACAUUGAUGGCCGGUGGGGUGUUUCGGAAGCUGGAGCGUUGCGUCCACAAUAG